AUGGAGCCUACGGAGGCCGCAGAAAUUCCGAAAGAGGUAAGAACUUUUCUGGAAACAUAACUUUUUUUCAGCCGGAGUAUAUCGUAGUCAGCGAAUCGCCCACUGGGGAUCCAAUCGAACUGCCUGCCAACCCCGGUGAUAAUUCACUAGGACUCGCCACCUUAACUCAUGCUUUUCCCGGCGCUCAUGGGCUGAAGUACAAAAACCCGGCGAAUGGGGCCACACGGGCAUUGUUGUAAGUGGUCCUUUUUACUUUAAUUAAUUUCUUUAGGACUGACCCGAGCGGAACAAAGUUCUUUGCACCGAGCGGAGGAUGGGCGGAUAAACUGUUUAUUGUGAUUUACCAAAAUGAGCCGGCAAAGAGGUUACUUCCAGGUAUGUCUAUCGUUUCGAUUGGCUUGUGGUUAUUUAUGUUUAUCAGUUUAUCCGGAAGGCAACUUCGCUCAGAUUCGUACACUGCUUCAUGCACUGUUUGUGGUUUUCAGUAGUUGCCUUCCAGCUGAGUAGUAAUAAGGGAAUUUUGAGAGGUGCGGGAAAACGAUUGGUUGGAGGUUUUUGUAUUUGUAAAAGGAUAUAUGAUUGCCGAGAAAGAGAGGAGAGAGGUGAUUAGAGAAUGGGGGCUAUAGGAGAGUGACGAAUGUGUAUGUGUGAAACCGUUUGCAGGGGAUCAGAAUCCAAAACGAAAGAAAAUGAUGGACGAUUCUAUAACGAGUGAUAGUGACGGUGAGAGUGGACUCCAUCACGGAGGUCAGGUGAAUGCCAAGCUGAAGAGACUGAAUGAGGAAGACGAUCCCCGGAACAAGCAAAACAAGGAGGUUUUUAACAAGUCGGAUGAAUCAGGUGAUUCCGACAAGACGGGGGGCAGUAAGGAGCCAAAGCUCCCGUGUUCGGAUCUGAUCGUGUUAGGUUUACCGUACAAGUGCACUGAGAAAGAGUUGAGAGAGUACUUUGAGAGGUUCGGAAAGGUUGUGUUGUGCGAGGUAUGUUUGAAAGAGCACUCGGUUGACAAUCUAACUUAUUAUUUCGUUAAAGAUAAAAAAGGACCAGAAGGGAGAGUCCCGGGGAUUCGGCUUUAUUCAAAUGGAUAAUAUUGAGCAACAGAGUGCUGUCCUUAAUGCGGAACAUACGAUUGGAUCAAGGAAAUGCCAGGUGAAAUUGCCAGGCACAAAGGUGAGGAAGAACUUAAAGUUGGUUACAAUCGGUAUUUUUAAAACAACUGUUUUCUUUUCAGGGUGAUGUAAAACCGGAAGAUUUGAAGAUAUUUGUGGGAAGACUAACCUCAAGGAUAUCAUCCAGCAGACUUCGUGAGUUCUUCUUGACAGAAGCUAAAAAGAUCGACCCUACUUGCAAAAUCAACGAUGUCUUCAUUCCAAAUCCCUUCAGAAGUUUUGGUUUUGUCACUUUAUCGAACGCUUAUGUCGCAAAAGUUUUAUUGAAGUAAGUAAGUUUUCCAUAUUGAUGUGCAGUUAUUCAUGAUUUGACGUUUCAAAAAUUCAGGAAAGAGGACUUCAUAAUCGACGACGUCUCCGUAUGCAUCUCUCCAGCAGCCCCUAAAGUUCCAGCAAAUGUUGUUCCUCCGCAAUUGUACGGCCGGGCAGGAUACGUGGAAGGUCCAAUUAGACAAGUUUGGGAACAUCAAGAGAUUCCGAGGAGACACUAUCGCCCCGAAGUAUUCGACGCACACUCUCCUUUACCCUCAGGCAGCAACUCUUUGGCUACUGGACUGGAAACUCUGAAUCUGAACAAUAUGAACGCGGAUGCAAUGAAUGCCCAAUGGAAGGUGUAUUGGUCAGCUGGACACGGCGGACAUGGAUCUGCGACUCCACCCGGACAGCAAUUCAUCAGGGGGGCGGCCCCGCCUCCGGGAUUAUAUCCCCUGCCAGGAAGACCUGCAAGGCCCAUGGGAAAAGGUAGCCGAGGUCAAUGGCCGUGA